AUGGACUCAACGACCUCGCGCCUCCGCAAGACCUUUCGCUACCCCACCGAUACCUCGGACACUGAUUCCAUACCAGAAGCUAUGGAUGAAGAAGAGCAAGAAAACCUCAUCAAAAACCUACACGAGCAAAACACGAACUUAAAUAUACAAUAUACACGCAUCCUCCUCGCCCUCCCCCUCGUCUGCAUCCUACCCUACCUAUCCGCACUCUUUGCGCUGCAAACAACCUUCCUCUCCAUCCUCAGCAUCUCCUCUCUACUAUCAACAGCAUGGAUGGUAUUCGUGCUUCCUUCCGGUGAAACCGGUAUCUAUAUGCUCGACAAUUUAAACAAUACCCCAGCAACAUUGGAUGACGGCGGUGUUGAGUACUCGAAACGGGUGGUGCAUCCGGAAGGGCCAAUACGGCAGUAUUUGCCGUAUCUGAAUGUAGGAUUGUGUUUGUUGCUAGGGGUGCUAGGGAAGCUGGUGAGGGAGAGGGGGGAUGGGAUGUGGUGGGUUUUGAGCUGGUUGCCGGCUGCUGUUUAUGUGAUUGUUGUUUGUGGGAAGUUUGUUAUGGGGGGUGUGGAUCCCGGGAGGGAGUUGGAGGGGUUGAGGUAUGGGUUCAAAGGGGCUUGA